GAUCGGAGGAGGAAGAAGGGGAGGCGGGCAUGUGCGAUCUGGUGGCCCGCACGGGCCGGCACCUGCAGCGCUACGAGGACGGCCGUCGCCUUGUGGCCGGGUGCAUACCAUUCAGAUAUAGAGACAUUAAAGAUGAACAAAAGAAACUUGUUGAAGUUCUCAUGAUCAACUCCCAGAGUGGACCAGGUCUUCUAUUUCCAAAGGGAGGAUGGGAGAAUGAUGAAACUGUGGAAGAGGCAGCUGCACGAGAAGCUAUCGAAGAAGCUGGAGUUCGAGGAGAUUUAGUGAAACUGUUGGGCUUCUACGAUUUCAAGAGCAAGCAACCUGAAGGUAUGUGCAGAGCUGCUGUCUUUGCACUGCACGUGAAGGAAGAGCUGGCCUCCUGGCCUGAACAGAGUACCCGGCAGAGGAGUUGGCUCACGGUACCUGAGGCGGCAGAGCGGAGUCGUCACCCAUGGAUGCAAGAAGCCCUUGUGACAGGCUUCUCUGCCUGGCUUGAGAACUGGAGCAACGGUGGUGGCUGUGUGGACCGAAGCGAAAGAUGACGACACCUGAAGCAUCAGGAGGCAUCUGCUAUUUCCUUUUCCCUUUUUACCUUUGCUUGGGUUAAACUUCCAUAACCUGACGUAACUGAGGGCUCCCUGAUGCUCGGUAGUUUGUUGGUUCACCCACAAUUUCAGGACACAUUAUAGUGUGUGUGUCGUCAGCCGACCCGAGGAUUGUUGGAAUUGUAAGUUGCUGAUUCUCGCGGUCACCAGCUAUUUAAGUCUUACACCAAAUGUUGUGUUGCACCUUAUAUGGAAGCGCGUUUGUAAUUGCAACAUUGAAAGUCAGGAAUUGUCUUGUUGAUCAAUCUGUUUCUUUGA